AUGGAUAAUACUAUCACAACAUGUUCGUUUUUUCUUUCAACUCUAACGUUGGUUCUUUCUCUUCUUGUUCCAACUUCAUAUUCCUUAUCAUCAUCAUCAUCAUCACUAUCCCUUGAAAACUUUAUUCAAUGUCUUUCAAACCAUUAUUCUCCACCUUCACACCCUGCAUCCCACGCAAUCUACACUCCAAAAAACUCUUCAUUCUUGUCCAUCUUACACAUGCAUACGUACAACAACAGGUUUUCUUCACCAACAGCACCAAAGCCUCUUGCAAUUGUAACAUCUCUCCAUGAAUCACAUGUUCAAGGAACAAUCAUAUGUGCCAAAAAUCACGGCCUUCAAAUCAGAAUCCGAAGCGGCGGCCACGAUACCGAAGGACUUUCAUAUGUAUCAGAUGUUCCUUUCAUCAUACUUGACAUGUUUCAUCAUGAUUCAGUUAAUGUAGACAUUAAAAAUGAAACAGCGUGGGUUGAAGCAGGUGCAACACUUGGUAAAGUUUAUUAUUAUAUUGCAAAGAAAAGUAACGUUCAUGCUUUUCCAGCUGGGGUGUGUCCUACGGUAGGUACCGGCGGUCACUUCUCAGGUGGUGGCUAUGGUAAUUUAUUGAGAAAAUUUGGUCUUACUGUUGAUAAUAUUAUCGAUGCGAAAAUCGUCGAUGUUAAUGGUAAUAUUCUCGAUAGAAAAUCAAUGGGAGAAGAUUUGUUUUGGGCUAUAAGAGGUGGUGGUGGAGCUAGUUUUGGUGUUAUUCUUUCAUGGAAAAUUAAACUUGUUUCUGUGACACCUAAAGUCACUGUUUUCAGAGUGCAGAGGAGUGUGGAAAAAGAUGCAACAAAUAUUGUUUACAAAUGGCAAAAAAUUGCUUCAAAAUUGGAUGAAAAUCUUUUCUUAAGAACUACGUUUGACGUAGUCAAUGAUACUCAAAAGGGUAAAAAGAAUGUAAAUGUUACUUUCAUUGGCAUGUUUUUGGGACUAACUAAUAAACUAAUGCCUUUGUUGAAUGAAAGUUUACCUGAAUUAGGUUUGAAAAGAAGUGAUUGUAUUGAAAUUCCAUGGGUGAAUUCAACUCUUUAUUGGUACAAUUAUCCAAAUGGAACCAAGCUUGAAGUUUUGCUUGAUGUCCCUAAAGAGCCUCUUUUGAGCAACUAUAAAACAAUGUCAGAUUAUGUGAAGAAGCCGAUUUCGAGAAAUGGUUUGGAAUCGAUUUGGGAGUUUAUGAUUAAAAGUGAUCGCGUUAGGAUGGAAUGGAAUCCUUAUGGUGGGAAGAUGGAUGAGAUUUCGGAAUCGGAAACUCCAUUUCCUCAUAGGAAAGGAAAUUUGUUCUUGAUUGAGUAUUUGACUUCUUGGGGAGAAGAUGGAGUUGAGGCAAGAAAUCGUUAUUUGAAUAUUUCAAGAUCAUUUUAUAAGUUUAUGACCCCUCAUGUUUCCAACUCACCUAGGGCGACUUUUUUUAAUUAUAGAGAUCUUAAUAUUGGUGCAAAUAUACCUAGUAAUACAAUAAAACUUGACAUUGCUCGAAGUUAUGGGAUCAAGUAUUAUCAAGGUAAUUAUGAAAGAUUAGUGAGUGUGAAAUCUAGGGUUGAUCCUGACAAUUUCUUUAGAUAUGAACAAAGUAUACCACCUUUUCAUUAG